GUCUAGCUAUCCCGAGUAAAACCCAAAAUGGCUGGCAUUGAGGCAUGUUACAUCAGUUCGGGAUGUAAUAGAACACCUCACUCGGCUGAUUGGGGGAGAAACAAUGUCAUUUGUUACGGAUCAUCCAAUGCUAUCGUUCUGUAUCAACCUGAGGUAAAACAGGAGGGAAAAGAAAGUCAAGUUUUACAGACACUGACAGGACAUAAAGGGAAAGUUAACUGUAUUAAAUGGAUACCAGCAAUUGAUUAUGGUGAUGAGACAGAACUAGUGUCAGGAUCUGUUGAUAAAACUGUGAUAGUGUGGCAGAAACAUAAUCAUACUUACAAAGCAGUUCAGGUUUUAAUUGGGCAUUCAGCACCAGUUACAGCCCUUGAAGCAGUGUAUGUAUGUGCGGAAAGUGACAAGUCUGGACAAGGGAGGCAACUCUCUAAAACUAUUUUAAUUACAGCUUCCGUUGACUCUACUGUUAAAGUAUGGACAAGGCUGCCUGAUCAAGAUUUCAUGGAAACACAAUUUAUAAGUUAUGGUUCUGGUUUUGCAUUGGAUCUAUCACUGAUUGUGAUACCUAACACAACUUGUUUGAUGCUAGCGUGUGCAUGUGAUGAUAUGAAGGUACAUGUAUAUACAGAACAAGGCAACGCAGACCAGUCUCGGUUUGUAUCAUCUAUGACGUUAUCUGGGCAUGAGGACUGGGUCAGGGCUGUAGAUUUUACUGUAGAUGACAGUGGAGAUGUAUUGUUAGCAAGUGCGGCCCAGGAUUAUUUGAUUCGAGUAUGGAGAUUUGCUCACAGAGAUACAGAUACUGGCAGUAAAAUAAACUCUAUUCUAGAUUUACCUAUAGAUAAAGAUAUUCAGAUGAGAGAAAAUACAUUCUCAUUGAAAUAUAAAGAUACCAUGCUGGUAUAUGCUGUCAGUUUAGAAACAGUUUUGAGUGGACAUGAAAAUUGGAUAUACACUGUGAAAUGGAAACCUCCAGCUCUAAUUGAUGGUAAACAGCACCAGGAAAUGUGUCUGUUGUCUGUGUCUAUGGAUAAAACUAUGAUACUAUGGGAACCAGAGUCAGAAUCUGGUGUAUGGACUGAACAGAUGAGAGUUGGAGAAGUGGGUGGCAACACACUUGGUCUUUAUGGUGGAAUGUUUGGUUGUCAUGGUGAUGCUAUAUUAGCUCACGGUUACCAGGGAGCCUUUCAUCAGUGGGCUCGUAAUAAGGAGCUGGAUAUAUGGGAGCAUAUGAUUACAUGUAGUGGACAUUUUGAUUCUGUUGAAGAUAUUGAAUGGGAUAAAAAGGGAGGUAACUUCUUACUAAGUUGCAGUUUGGAUGAAACAGUAAGGUUACAUGCCCCUUAUGUGAAAAACGAUAGAAAGGUAUUUUGGUAUGAGAUAGCGCGGCCCCAAAUUCACGGAUAUUCUAUACAGUGUUUAGCAAUGAUAAACAGAUAUCAAUAUGCCUCCGGUGCAGAUGAAAAAGUGGUGCGAGUGUUUGAUGCACCGGACAACUUUAUAGAGAACUUCUGUAAUUUAUGUGGAGUUAACUUUAAUGAGGAGUGUAAAAGUAUCGAGGCUAAAAACCGACCUGUUGGUGCUAGUGUACCGGCUCUUGGACUUUCUAAUAAAGCAAUUUUCACUGGUGGUGGUACCACAAAUUUAACAGAAGAUCUUGAAAUUAAACCUGGGGAUAAUGAGCAAUAUUCAGAUACUGUUUUCACUCAAACAUUGCUUAAAGCACCCCCUAGUGAGGAACAUUUACUACAGAACACAUUAUGGCCAGAAGUACAGAAACUGUACGGUCAUGGCUAUGAGAUAUUUGCAUUGGCAUGUGAUCCGCAGGGGAAAGUCCUAGCUAGUGCAUGUAAAGCUGCAAAGGCGGAGUUUGCAUCUGUGAUAUUAUGGGAUACUGUUACUUGGCAACAGAUUUGUGUUCUAGAAGGUCAUAACCUCACUGUGACACAAAUUGUGUUUUCACACAGUGGAGAGUAUAUACUGACAGUGUCAAGGGACAGAACUUGGUUUUUAUACAAAAGAAAAGGGGCUGACUGUCCGGAAUCAGAUCCAUUGUUCUCGUGUAUAGCUAGCGUGGACAAGAAGACUUGCUUACAUUCACGAAUUAUUUGGUCAUGUUGCUGGUCACAUGAUGACAAAUAUUUUGCUACAGCAUCAAGAGAUAAAAAAGUGAUUGUAUGGCAGUGUCCUGUAGGUUCCGAUGUAACAUCAACAGCUGUCAGUAAACUAGAGCUACCAGAUUCUGUCACAGCUAUACAUAGUGCUCCAGUGUUUCUUCAUGAUGGAAGUUACCUGUUUGCUGUUGGCCUAGAAAAUGGACAUAUUCUGUUGUACAGUUGGUCACUUGCUGAACCGUCGUCGUGGAAACAUCUGACUACUCUAGAUAACAACACAGCUCAUCAUAUGACUGUGAAACGUCUGAAGUUUCGACCUUGUCUUGGUUUAUGUGGUAUCCAUGGUGAUGACCCCACAACGUCAAAGGUGAAGGACUCAGACAAUUGGUUACAGUUGGCAAGCUGUAGUGCGGAUCAUUCUGUGAAGAUAUUUGACAUUAAUCUACAAACGUUUCUCGCUUCUAGUUCAUCCUGAUGAAAUAGACCCUUUCAUCAGAUGUUAUUUAAAUGUGUCAUUUCAAAAAUGGGUGUCCCUGGCUGAGGUGGUUAAUGUCGUUGACUUCAAACCACUUGCCCCUCACUGCCGUGUUUAUGAAUCCCAACAGGGACAUUGGAUUCUUUCAUGUGAGGAAGCUAUCCAGCUAGCUUACAGGUCAUCGCUGGUUCUACUUGUUAAAUAUUACUAUUUCAUUCUAUGAUAUACUUUAUACAAUCAGCAUUACCAGGUAUACUGUUGAUUUAAUGAAAUAAAAUACACACCAACACUCUAGUGUAGAAUUUAUAUAUGAUGUUUUAAUUUAUUACCAAAUAAACUUUACAAUAAAAUGAUAAUUAUGA